AUGGAAAGCCAAGAAAUUGCAAAUCCUCUAUCCCGUUCAGCAAUUGCAGCUAUGGAGGAAAAAAAUCCCGUCCCUCAUGGCCCUGCUAAAUUGUCUCCCAGCACGAGGGUAGAUGAAGAGAUUACUGCUGAAGCACAGCCCAUUUACGACAUCGCCAAAGAAUGCAUCGUCCUGUUUGGAAAGUUUCUCCAGCAGCCCAAGAACCAGCUCACAGAAACCAUAUCCACAUGCCAGCGGCGGUUUCAAUCGUGGACAGUUUAUGUGGGCGUAUUCGUUCACAAGAGCGCUAGCUUAGACACUCAGUUGAAGCUGGAGCCUGGUGUUCAAGACCUCGUGAUGGUGCUAUUGGAUGUUCUCCAGGAGGACAUGCGUCGAGUUGUAAAACUUGAAUCAAGAAACUUGAUUUCACAAUGCAAUCCUCUUUCCCACGGGAGUGGCAAUACCAAUUCGAAUGAUGAUACGCUUUCGAAUGCAGCCAGAGGCGUUCUGGACGGCAUCGUCGAAUCUGUCGACGGGCUACACCGCCUCACUACUAGAAUCAAGACAGCUUCAAGAGGUGACUUGAGUCUCGAGGAGAAGAUCGUCGAUUUUGCAAAGCAUCUUCCGAGGGACGGGUUCGAAGACAGGACCCGGUUGAUCUUAAGAUACAAGUUUCCAAACGCCGCGGAAAAGCUGAUCACGAAACUGUUUAGAAGUAUUGCCUUUCGCCGCCAUCGUCUUUUGUACCAGCGCCAUCACCACAAGAAAAUGAGCCAUAUCCAUCACACAAGUUUAGUUGAAGUGGAAUCAUCGAAGCAGCAGAGCCCUCAGAGCCAGAAUCCGCAUGAACAUCAAAGUGAUUCAGAUACUGAGCCAGGACCGAGUACUCAUUGUGCGACCUCCAGGGUACAUCGGGUUGAUCCACAAGAUGACGGACGCAAACGACAGGCCUCAACCGUCUUUGCGGGUGAAUCACCAUGGAUCGAGGAGUCUGGAUACCCUAUUCCUCCAAAGGCAGAAGGUCUUUCCAUAUCUGCCAUGUGUCAGAUCUGUUUCCAAGAGCUACAGGUUGUGGGCAAUGAAGAUCCAACGUGGUGGGAAAGACACGUUGAAAGCGACAUGGAACACUACAUUUGCCUGUCUGAUGAUUGCGGAAAGUCUCUAUGCUACUUCAGAAGUUUUGAUUCUUGGAUCGAGCAUAUGAACCGGGAGCAUUCGCAUGACUGGUCUCGGUUUACCUAUGCAAAGAAGAGUGAAUGGCGAUGCAGGGUUUCAGAAAACUGCUCCAUUUCCUUUGAUAAUGAAGAUUCACUCCGAGCGCAUCUCGCGGACAAUCACCUGAGCGACCUCGAAGACCUCGGGCUAACAGACUUGCAGCUAGUGGUAGAGAAAAGCAAAUUUCCGCAGCCCAGAGAGUCGGACAUAUGUCCGCUGUGUGAAGAGUCCAUCAAUGACUCGGAACCGGUGAUCCAGAACUCCAAAGCAGAAAAUGAUGGCUCUCACAAAAAGGUCCGUCAGCGGCCCGACGGCCAACAAUCCACAUUGGGGGCUCUACAGAAUGAUGAGAACAAGGGAAAACGCCCUGCUUCCAACACCAACAGCUCGAUAAGAUCGAACGAAAUGCAGUCAAGAAAGGCCUCUCACAUCGCAGACCACUUAAAGAGCAUAUCGCUGUUAUGCCUUUGGGGUCUAGGAACUAAAGGAGAAGAACAGCAAGAGGAAGAUUCUGGAGCAGACAUUUGCGGCGAUGAUUCUUCUGAACCAAGCGAUCUCAACGACGCCCACAACGCAAGUGCGGCUUUCACUGGAUUGAACCGGCUUAAGAAAGCCUACACACAUUAUACAUUAGACUAUGAAGCAUUGAAAUCUAGUGAUGCGGAUUCCGAAGAUGCGGAACGUGAUCCUCUGUAG